UUCCUUCCAGAUAGCAAAAAAGAAACAAGUGCUGUGCUACUCGGAGGAAGCACUGUUUAUGUUUAGGAAUAUGUAGUUAAGCUGUUAAGUUGGCAGGAUAUAGAGAAACGGGGUCAUCUCUUUGGGUUUAGAGUUAAAGGCAUUUGUAAUUUUGAUCUAUUGGGUUCAGAAAGACUGACAGGUAGUUACAUGUUUUGGUUGAGCAAAUGCAAAGAAAGGUUCAGGGAAGGCAAAGUCUUCUUGUAAUAUAGUUAAGUAUUUGUUAAGAAAAACUACUUUGUCUCAUAAAUCCUGUUUCCUGACAUGCUGUUGAACUUGAGCUGUUGGCACAUGAUAAUCUUGUCUGACAAAGGAGAGCUAUGGAUGAGCACCUGCUUAAGAUACUGAUUAUUGGUGAUGGAAAUGUUGGGAAAUCGUCAUUUUUGCAUCGCUACGUCAAAGGACAGUUCAACAAGACGUACAAGAUGACAAUGGGAGUGGAUUAUGCUGUGAAGCUGCUGCACUGGUCAGAUAAAGAAAAGGUCAGACUUCAACUGUGGGACAUUGCAGGCCAGGAACGUUUCAUAUCCAUGAACAGGGUCUAUUAUAAGGGUGCUCUGGGCUGUGUGUUGAUGUUUGACGUCACCAGCUCAGCCAGCUUCCUGAGCUGUCGCCAUUGGAAACGGGACCUUGACAAUAAGGCCAUGCUGCCCAACGGAGACUCCAUCCCCUGCAUCCUGCUGGCCAACAAGUGUGACCUCCCUCAGCGGGUUGUGCCCCCAGACAGCAUCGACAAGUUCAGUAAGGCCAACGGCUUCAUCACCUGGAUGGAGGUUUCGGUCAAAGAGAACAAGAACAUCGGAGAAGCCAUGAGGAGAUUGGUGCAGAAGAUUUUGUCUGUGGAAUCCAGUCUUGAUUCGCUGCAACCCAAACCUCAAGAUAUUGUUAAUCCUCAACUUGAAUCAGAGUGUGACAGAGGAGCAGGCUGCUGCUGAAACACAAUCCGAAGGGCAAGCAAACAGCCAGGACCCAAUCAUAUACUCGGGUUGUUUCAGGGUCCACUGAACAAUGCACUUAACCCUCAAGUACUGAGGGAGUCUGUCUGCAAAUAGAAGAGGACAGAGGAAGCACCAGGAGAUGUCGAUGUAAGUGUUGUUUACUGAUGCAGAUCUUAAGUGUCCAUGUGUGAGCUGGCAAUGAUCUAAGAGGACACUUUAAGUGGGCUAAGGAAACAACACACGUGUUUCUAAUUUUAGACAAUGUACGGUUACAAAAGAGUGUGAAAGCAACAGCACCAAUUUAACUGUCAAAAAGACUAAAUAAGGUUUCACCAACAUUUCUUCUAGCCAUUCAAAGCCAGUUUGCAGAUCUAAAAAGGAGCAAAGACCAUGCCUCUGAGCCCUGCACAUGACUGUCCCAUGGCAAACAAUUUGACCAUAUAUAUUCACGCCUGCAAAAUUGGAUUUAUCAUCAAUAUAAUUUUAACGUUUUCCCCCCAAGAAGCCACUUUCCUGAGCUGUCUUCUGUUCCUACAUUGCGAAGAUAAAGGAAUUGA